AUGCUGAUGGAAUUGCCGUUCCUCUUCGGCGAUGAUGGUCAGGUGCCGCGAGGAUCGCGGGGAAACAGAAAGACGCGGCCGCCGCCGGCAGACCCUAACCCUACACGCCCAGCGCUCGGUGACAUUGGCAACGUCGCCCCGAUGUCCUCGACGGGUAAGACACUAGAGAACGUCGCGGCCUUCUGUAUCCGUUCUCUUUCUUUCAUAUUGUUGUCCUCUGAAACUUGCUUGCCUCGCCGUUACAGGGGGAUCAAGCUGCCGGAGGGGAUCCAUCGCCCCAUCACCAGGAGCUUCGGCGCCCAGCUCUUGAAGGCCGCUUUGGCGAACAAGAACGCCGUAGCUCCUGCUCAGCCUGUAGCGGCGCGCGCCGUUACGAAACCAGCUAGGAAAGUGCCCGCGAAGAACAUCCCUCGUCCUGAGCAAGCUCCCAAGGAGAACCGGAAGCCAUCGGAGGGUGGCGCCAAAGACCCUGAGGGGAACAGGAAGCUAUCGGAGGGUGCCGCCGGCAGCAGCCGCUUUGUGAAGAAGGAUGGGAGGAAGAAGCACGUGUACACGCUUUCAACCGUCCUUUCUGCGCGUUCUAAGGCUGCCUGUGGCCUUACCGAGAAGCCAAAGCCGCUCAUUGAGGAUAUUGACAAGUUCGAUGGCGACAACCAGCUUGCUUUGGUGGACUACGUUGAGGACAUCUACACAUUCUACAAGACCGCCCAGCAUGACAGCCGUCCCAUUGACUACAUGGGCAAUCAGCCAGAGCUCAGCUCCAAAAUGCGCGCCACCCUCACGGACUGGCUCAUCGAGUCUCACCAAAGAUUCCACCUCAUGCCAGAAACGCUCUACCUCACAAUAUACAUUGUAGACCGGUACCUGUCGCUGCAGCCCGUGCCGAGGAGGGAGCUCCAGCUCGUUGGCAUGGCAGCGAUGCUGAUCGCCUGCAAAUACGAGGAGAUCUGGGCACCGGAGGUAAAUGACUUCAUCGAAAUAGCAGAUUGCGCAUUCAGCCGGCCCCAGAUUCUUGUCGCGGAGAAGUCUAUUCUGAACAGCAUGCAGUGGAACCUUACUGUCCCCACUCCGUACCACUUCCUGCUGCGAUUCGCCAAGGCUGCCGGUAGUGCUGAUGAACAGCUUCAGCAUAUGAUUUAUUUCUUCGGAGAGCUCACGCUGAUGGACUACGGUAUGGUGACGACAUAUCCUUCGACGGUUGCUGCUUGCGCUGUGUAUGCUGCUCGCCUCACGUUGAGGAAGAGUCCUCUCUGGACAGAAACCUUGAAGCAUCACACUGGCCUCCACGAGCGGCAGCUUAUGGACGGCGCAAGGAUGUUGCUCAGGUCCCAUGCUACUGCUCCUGAUGCGAACCUGAAGACCGUCUACGAGAAGUAUGGCGCGGAGCGGUUUGGGCGUGUUGCUCUGCACCCACCGGCUGCUCUUUGCGACCUUGUCUAG